AUGACGCAGCUGAAGUGGGCGUGGGAAUUCAUUCUCUACCAAUCCUUCUUCCAGCCACGUGUCGCCGAGUACUACUGCGAAGACGGCUCUGGCUCGUCCGAGGAAUGCGCGGUGUGCCUGUGCAGGAUCCAAGGCGGAGACGAGAUUACGGAGCUGAGGUGUCAACACGCUUUCCACAAGGUCUGCCUCGAUAGGUGGCUCGGAUACGGCCACGUCACCUGCCCCCUCUGCCGGGACAAUGUCAACCCGAGGAAGUUCGCGCCCGACCUCCGCCACGAGCUCCUCCAGUUCAACUUCGCCGCCGUCGAUUCCACCGACGACCGUGCCACGUGGUGGCUACGCUGA